AUGAAGAGUACAAAAUUAAAAACAAAAACACCAGGGGAGGAGAGCGCAGGUGAGCCCAGCUCGCCUGCAGUUGUUGGGGCAGAGAGUCUUAAUGGCUCUGAUACCCGUGGGGAGGCGCUGGACUCAUCCAGCAAGUCCCACACACGGGUUCCAAGUCGGAGGGCGUCGGGCUCGGAGUCCGACUCCUCAUCAGUGUUUGCCGCGAGCGUCAGCUCACAGCGCCAGACAAGGGCGGCUUUCAAGCGCCCCAGGACGGAGGAGGGUCGGGGAUUGUCCUCGUCCUCCAACGCGCAGGAGGCUCCGGCCCCCCCUAAAAUCCCCACGGCCGCGCGGGGUGGAGGCAGGGGGAAGGGCAAGAGGUUGGCAGGUACUGCCCGGUCCAAGCCGGCUGAGCGUCCUGCCGCAGAGGGUAGCGCCCUAAUCAGUGCCGUCCACUCGGACUCCUCCGUGAUGGAGGUUGUGGAUGCCGAGGGCUUGAAUGGUGAGCGUGGCUCCGAGACCCUUCGGCAAGCUGUCAGGGAGGGACUCCGCCAGAUAGCUGGGAAGAAAUCCCAGCCUGCCGGAUCCGCUCAGCUGAGAUCGGUGGAGGCCGAAAUUAUGGCGGCGGCCUUUGACGUAUGCAGAGUUCCCUCGGCGGGAAAAGUACAUCGGGAGCUGGCCGACAUGCGGCGGGAGCUGACGCGCUUGUCUGCCUCCAAUGCGGCGCUGGAGGCCGAGCUCCGGGCCACUAAGGCUGAGCUUGCCGUUUGCCGAGGACGUCAACCUCAGCCUCCGGCGGAGCCUGAUUUGGUGGAGCUACUGCGCAGGGAGAUGGCUGCUUUCCAGCAACGUUUUAAUGUGUUGGAGAGCAAACUCCUCCGUCCCCCGCUAGCGGCCUCGAGCUCAGCGACCUCGAGGUCAUAUGCGGCCGUUGCGGCCAGGCCCUUGACCACCUCCUCUGGUCGGACUAGCCGCGUUACUCAACCGGUGGCAAGGCCACGAGCGGCUCCUCCAGCAACGGCCCCAGCUCCCCCAGUGGUGCAGGCUCCGGCUGGCGGGCAGGCAGUAAAUGCGUCUACAGGACGCAGAAGAGGGAGGAGAGGCGCAGCGGCUCAGCAAGCUGCCCCAGUCACAGGCGAGCCCACCCUGCCGGCAAGUGGUGACUGGCAAUUAGUUGGCGAGGCGAGGAGAGUCGCCAAAGAGGCGAGGAAGCGCCGCAAGAAAGCGCAGCGGCUGCGGCGCCAGCAGCAGCGCAAGGAGAAUGAACGUUUAUUGCAGAAUACACCCAAGACCACCAACAACACAGCAUGA